AACUCUAUUUUUAUCAUACAUGUAACUGUAGUAUGUUUACAACUGUUGUUGAUAUUGAUUAAUGAUAUUAAAAUCUUUCUUAAUUUAAGAUGUCAUCUGAAACAGCACACAUAUGCGAUACCCUCAGAAUCCUUCAUUUACCACCAGAACUCCCUGAUGACAGACGCAAUGAAUUACUACAAAAAUAUGGUGCUAUUAAGACACGAACUUUAAGACCUUCUAAAAAGUAUACUGUAACUUUUGCAAAAUUCAAAUCUCAGCAAGCAGCUACAGAAGCAUUGUUACGUUUGCAUCAAUUAAAUGUGAGGGGGCAACAUCUGACAGUUGAAUUUGCCAAAAAAUCUAUAUCUGUAGAAACUUCAGAACAAAACACUGAGGAUGACAAGCUUACAAAUGAGGAAAAUAAGAAAGAAUCAAUCAGUAAAUCUAAUUUUCAAGCUUUUUUACAAAAAUUAAAUAGUUGGACUAUGAAUCAAGUCUUUACUCAACCACCUCCACCAAAUAUACAAUAUAAAUACUCAGCACCAACAAGAAGUACUUUAAUAAGAAUAGCUAUUCAAUUAUUGAAAGAACCAGCUUUUUAUACACAGGUUUUACAUUUAAUGAACAGAAUGAAUUUGCCACCUCCCUUUGAAGAAUUAGAAGCAGAAUUUCCAGCACUUAAAGAAGUUUAUGACAUGGAGAAAUAUAAAGAUAUAUUUGGGAAAGAAAUUCUGUAUGACAAAGAAAAUCAAGGUAUCUAUAAUGAAGAUGUGGAAGAGGAUGAAUCUGAAAUAGAAUCUAAUGAAGAAGAUAAUACAAAACCUUUAGAAAUUAUACCUGCCAAAAGAAAACGUUCACAAUCCACCAAACGUUUAAAAAUUCCAAAAUUUGUUAAUCCAGCUAAACAUGUACCUCAAAGUUCUACACAGAAGGUUGUAAAACCAGAAGACAUGUUUGAACAAGUACAACGUGGAGAAACAAAAAAUCUUAAAAUUGAAUUAAAGACUGUUGAUAAAUUAUUAGAUAUUCCAAAUAAGGAAGAUACUGUUGUAUCUGAAAAUGCAGUAGAUGGUGGUUUUGGUUUAAUGUUCCCAGCUUCUAAAGAUUCUGAAAUGGCUGAAAAUAGUGAAAGUAAUGAAUGUAUUCAACGAGAAAUAAUUACAUCUGAAGAAUUAGCAAAUAAUAGAAUAUCAACUAAUGACCAAAGGGUACUUCCUGUGUUCAAAAAUUAUCAUCCUGGAAAGCCAUCAAAUCGAUUGUACAUAAAGAAUCUUGCAAAGCAUGUAGAAGAAAAGGACCUUCAUUUUAUUUACCGAAAAUAUGUGAUACCUGACUUAAAAACAGACUUUGAGUAUGAUGUGCGUCUUAUGCAAGAGGGUAGAAUGAAGGGUCAAGCAUUUGUCACAUUACAAAAUAUAGAUCAAGCACAAUUAGCUCUUGAUGAAACAAAUGGUUAUAUUUUAAAAGAUAAACCAAUGGUUGUACAGUUUGCUAAAGCUGCAAAAAGCUAACAAAUAUCUUUUUAUGUAUAUGUACUAAUUUAGGUAACAAUAUUUGUAAUAAAAAAGAUUUUGUUAUA